AUGGACCGUACUGGGAUCGCCGCGAAUUUCAGCACGCGCGCGAGGAAAGCUGCGGCCCCCUCGGGCGCCGACGCCCCGUGCUGCUCGAGCGCACCGCGCCUGCUAAAAGGCCCCCCCCCGCCUCGCCCUGGCCGGAAGAGCGGAGGCGAGAGGGAGAAGAGGGGGGAGGCGGGGAAGGGGCGAAGGCAGAGGAACGAGAGCGGCAUGAGCGUACACCCUCGCAAGUCCGCACGGAUCUCUUGGAUCGGCGCUGGGGCCCGCCCCUACCUGGCGAGCGCGGAGCGCGCCCCCAGUGGGCCCGGCGACUGA